GCGUUUUGAUACCGCUAUGGAGGCCACUGCUUUAGAUCCAAGUCUCGAGAUGUCCUAUCCGUUUGCCAGUUUGAGCCCCGGCGCAGUGCUCGUGGAUGUAGGAGGAGGAAAAGGCCAUCACAGCCGGCGAUUGAUGCGGCAAUUUCCCCAUAUACAAUUCAUUGUUCAAGACCACGACGAUACCGUCAGAAAUAUUAGUCCUCUCAACGAUGAUGGGGAUGAGCAUCGGAUCAGGUGGCAAGGCCACAACUUUUUUGAAUCCCAGCCGGUGAAGGGGGCUGAUGUCUAUCUCCUGAACUCAGUGCUUAUGGAUCAUCAUGAUGAGGCGUGCAAGAUUAUCCUGAGGAAUAUUGCCGAUGCAAUGGUUCCAGGCCAUUCCACUUGCUUAGUGAGUGAUGGAAUUGAGCCCGAGAAUGAACUCUCUCCGCUAUUCAGCGCCCACCAGCUGCAUAUGAUUUCCAUCCUCGGCCGCGCUUAUCGAUCUCAGCACGAUUGGGAAAAGCUAUUUCAUGAAGCUGAUGAAAGAUUACAAUUUGAGAAGAUCUUUAGCUCUGGAACAGGAAAAGUCAUUUACGCUCUCAGAUUGAGGGAAAUCUGAUCCUGUGCGUAUGUCUGCAUGGAUGUGGAUGAUUUGAAGUGCGGUCACAGUCCAUGAAUGGUUAAGACCUGCUCUGUCUCUGGUGAAUUGUGCCACUAGAUACAAUGUAACAAUCUAGUGACCAAGCAAUUCGCCACCUUUCUUGACGUCAGAAUAAUUUGACGGCAUGUUCUGCCUUGAAAUAAGAGCCUCUAGAUUUGAAUUUAUAACGAUAAACACCUCCACUCCAGCUCCAACUACGAGCUAUCUAAGGCGAAGUUUCUCGAGGACCUUUAGCAUUUAUAUACUGCCGGCGGGCACGAACCCUGAGCUUCUAACACUG